AUGGCGGAAUUAGAAGCGUUAAAACGUCAACGAACGACAAUCAAAAGCCGUGCGACUAGAUUUAAGACAUAUAUUGAUAGCUAUGUAGAUAGUCUUCAAGAAAGAUUUAUCUUAGAAUCAAAGUUAGAAAAGUACAACGAGUCAUGGCAAGAAUAUCAUACAGUACAAACAAAGAUUGACGCCCUCCUUCCCGAACCGGACAUUCCACAGCGAGAAGGAUUCGAAGAGGCAUUUUUCAUUGUACAAGCGAAAGCACGGUCAAUACUUGCUCGUUCAAGAACUAAUGAAACUAAUGUUCAGGGUAAUCUUCAAAAUCAAAACACUGGUCAAAAUGUCUUAAAUCUAAACGCGAAUCAGACAUUAGUACGACUGCCAGUAAUAUCUUUGCCGACUUUCAAUGGAAGCUACGAACAGUGGCAACAGUUUUAUGAUACAUUCAAGGCAUUAGUAGAUAACAAUACUAAUCUAGAUGCAGUUCAGAAGAUUCAUUAUUUGAAAUCUGCAUUAUCGGGCACAGCUGCUCAAAAAAAUCUAAGAGUCUUACAGCAAUUAAAGGAACCUACUGACAAAUGGGAUACGCUUAUCGUUUACCUAAUCACUAGCAAAUUAGAUACUACAACUAAAAAAGAAUGGGAAUUGAAGGUAAUUAAUGAAAGGUUAUGUACUACUAAUCAGUUAAUUGAAUUUCUCAACGCACGUUGUGAGUUUCUCGAAGCCCUUCACCCAGGACCUAGCAAAGCAACAUUCGCUAAAAUCUCGACACAAAAAUCGAGUCAAAUAAAUACAAAUAAGAAUCAGAACGUAAGCCUUUCUCAUGCAGUCACUAAUGAAGUAAACGAGUGUGUUCUUUGCAAGCAGGCUCACCGAAUACAUGCAUGUAAAAUUUUCAAGGACUUAUCAGUAGAGUCACGACGCAAUGAAGCAAAAAGAUUAAGUCUUUGUUACAAUUGUCUGAGUUCAAAUCACACGGUACAAAGAUGCUCUUCACGCACGUGCAAGCACUGCUCUAAGAAACAUCACACGUUGCUUCAUAUAAAUGAGCGUUCAAGCGUUAAUCAAGGUUCCACAUUGUCCGGAAACGUCUCGGCAAUUUCUAAUGAUACUAAUGUAAAUACGCAAACGUCUGAAAAUCCAACGCCGACAUCCGUAUCAAUGAAAGCGAUAAAUCUCAAAUAUAAUUCCGAAAUCCUCUUAUUUGCAAUUGUCUACAUCCGAGAUAAUUCAGGCAAUUAUCACAAGGUGCGUGCACUCUUAGACAAUGGCUCACAAUCAAGCUUCAUCAGCAAAGCGAUGUGUCAACAAUUAGGUCUUAAGAUAGAUACUGCAAAGCACACGAUUUCAUGUUUAAACGUAAUCGAAACACAGGCAGUCGAGAGCACAAGAGCAUUAAUUGCUUCGACAACCACAUCUUAUGAAGCAGAUAUUAAUUUUCUCAUUGUUAAACAAAUCACUCGUUCCAUUCCUUCUAGACCUAUUGAUGUUAAACUCUUAAGCAUACCUCAUCAAUUUGAGUUAGCAGAUCCAACAUUCCACAAGCCUCAAAACGUAGAUUUGUUGUUAGGAGCAUCGAUCUUCUGGGACGUUCUUGAAGCAGACAGGAUCCAGUUGGGAGCCAGGCAACCGAUUCUACAAUCAACAAAACUGGGCUGGCUGCUAUGUGGACAAAUUGGAUCAUCACUCAAUAUUAAAACACGCAAUAAUCAUAUUGUGUGCGGACUCGUUCGAAACGACGAACUGCAAGCACAAAUUGAGAAAUUCUGGAUCAUUGAAGAGAUCUCUAACACUAAGUUGUUAUCAAAGGAAGAAAUCGACUGUGAAAGGAUAUUUCGAGAAGAAUAUCAACGAACAACUGAUGGCAGAUUUCAGGUAUCACUAUUCUUUCGCAAGGAUCCAAGUAUCCUUGGCGAAUCUGAAAGCAGUGCUUUCAAACGCUUACGUAGCAUGGAAAGACGUUUUCAAAGGGACAUCAUUUUGCAAACUAGAUAUGCUGAGUUUAUGAAAGAAUACGUCGAACUUGGCCAUAUGUCUGUCGUGGACAAUCCAGGUAGUAUGAAACUUAAUUAUCUCCCACAUCACGCAGUCAUCAAGGAAACAUCAACAUCUACGAGACUCAGGGUGGUAUUCGACGCUUCAAGCCCUACUACCUCUGGAAGGUCUCUCAAUGAUUGUUUAUUAAUUGGACCUACAAUUCAAUCUGAACUGUUUGACAUCUUAAUACGUUUUAGACAAUAUCCGUAUGUUCUAACUGGAGACAUAGUCAAAAUGUAUCGUCAAAUUAUGGUCAAACCGGAACAUCGACAGUAUCAAUGUAUUCUUUGGAGAGAAAGCUCAGAUCAGCCAACGACAACGUUCAAGUUAAACACUGUUACUUAUGGAACGGCAGCAGCACCAUUUCUAGCCAUACGAUGCUUACAACAAUUAGCCUAUGACUUCGAAGGCACGCAUCCUCGAGCAGCCACAGUCAUAGCUCAUGAUUUUUAUGUCGAUGACAUGAUCACUGGAGAAUCAUCAGUGCAAGAACUGCUUCAAACUAAGGUUCAAGUAACAGAUAUAUUGAAGACAGCAGGAUUCCAAUUGACCAAAUUCUAUUCAAAUGCUUCUCUUAGUCAGGAUGAACACCAAGGCGAUUAUGGACUUACAAAUACAAGAAUCCUAGGACUCCUGUGGCAACCCUAUUCUGAUUUAUUACGAUAUCAAGCAAAUGAAAGGAUGGUGCCAGAAAUCAUUUCUAAGCGUACCAUUCUGUCUUUGAUCACACAAAUAUUCGAUCCACUUGGCUUAAUUGGACCUAUUAUCAUCACGGCCAAGAUAUUACUACAAUCACUCUGGCAGUUGAAGAUGGACUGGGACACACCUGUACCCGAAACAUUUCGAAUGACAUGGUCAUCCUAUUAUCAACAACUACACUUGAUCAACCAGAUGACAAUACCACGCCAUGCUAUCAUACACAAUCCAAACGAUAUCCAACUUCAUGGAUUCUGUGACGCUUCACAAACAGCGUAUGGUGCUUGUAUUUACAUUCGUUCUGUCGACCAAUCCGGACUGAUUAGUGUUCAAUUGCUAACUGCCAAAUCACGAGUGGCAUCAUUAAAAACCAUCAGCUUACCCAGACUCGAAUUAUGUGGAGCUGUUCUUCUUGCCAAGUUAGGUCAACGAGUGGCACAAGCUCUCAGUUGCACAAUUACACGACGUAAUUUUUGGACUGAUUCAGAAAUUAUGUUAGCAUGGAUUCAAGGGGAACCAUCAAAAUGGCAAACAUUUGUAGGCAACCGCAUAGCAGAGAUCCAACGACUAAGCAACAAACAAGAUUGGUAUCAUGUACGAUCGGAGCAUAAUCUUGCGGACGUGAUAUCGCGCGGUCUUCUUCCAGAACAAUUGUUAAGGGCUACAUUGUGGUGGGAAGGUCCAUCAUGGUUAAAGAAAGAUCCCUCACAAUGGCCACAAAAAUCAACACAUUCCACAAUGGAGGUACCUGAAGUUUGUAUUCAAUCAUUUGCUACUAUCCAAGUUCAGGAGGCAGAUGACAUCCUUAUUCGAUAUUCUUCGCUCAUUAAAUUGAAGAGAAUUAUCGCAUUAUGCAUGAGAUUUAAGGAUAACUGCAUGCUAUCAAAGGCAAAGAAGUCAAAAAUUCAUGGACCUAUCAGUUGUGAAGAGUUACGAAAGGCAAUGAUCAUCGUGGUGAAACUCCAUCAACAGAAGGUCUUCGCAUUUGAACUACAUGCAUUACAACGAGGCAAGGCAAUUGAUUCACACAGCAAGCUCCUUUCGUUUAAUCCUAUAAUUGAUCAAGAUGGAAUAUUGCGCGUUGGGGGCCGGUUGACAAAUGCACCAAUUCCCUACACCCAAAAACAUCCUAUUCUUUUGUCUCCUAACAAUGUCCUGACUGAUUUGAUUAUACGCGAUCAACACUUAAGACAUUUCCACAUCGGUCCGCAACUGUUGUUGACGACACUCCGAGAAACUUACUGGAUUAUUCACGCCAGAAAUGCAAUCAAGCGGGUAUUAAGUAAAUGCGUUCUGUGCUUUCGACUACGGCCUCGCAGCCCUGUACAGAAAAUGGGCGACUUACCUGCAUGUAGAGUCACUCCAUCUAGAGUAUUUAAUCAUACCGGAGUUGAUUACGCCGGACCAUUUAACAUUAAAAUCUCGAGAAAUAAAUCCGGUAAGGCUUAUCUAUGUUUGUUCGUCUGUAUGACGACCAAGGCGGUACAUCUUGAAUUGGUAUCAGAUCUCACAACAGAAAUGUUUCUAAACGCACUGAAAAGAUUUAUAUCACGAAGAGGCAAAUGCGAAACCAUCAUGUCUGAUAACGGAAAAAACUUUCUUGGAGCUAGCAACACUCUACGCCAAAUGAGCAAACUUUUGUCAGAUACUGAACAUCAAUUGAGAACAAUCGAGUUUGCAGCUACUCAAGGAAUUACAUGGCGAUUCAUUCCACCUCAUUCCCCUCACAUGGGAGGAUUGUGGGAAGCCAACGUAAAGGCUGUAAAGACACAUCUCAAGACUGUGAUCAAUGAAACUUUAUUAUCAUUCGAAGAGCUUUAUACUGUAUUAACUCAGGUGGAAGCCAUUCUCAACUCUCGACCGUUGUGUCCAUUGAAUAAUUCUCCAGAUGAUUUGGAAGUCCUGACGCCAGGACAUUUCUUGAUUGGAACGUCACUGCAUGCAUUACCAGAAGAAUCCGUUCUAAACAUUCCAUUGAAUCGUACUAAUAGAUACCAGCUGCUUACACAACUUCAGCAAUCAUUCUGGAAACGUUGGUCGAGGGAAUAUAUCACUCAAUUGCAACAGAGGACCAAAUGGAAGAAUACAGUACGCAACGAUGAAAUACAAAUAGGAAAACUCGUAUUAAUUCGCGAUAACAAUUUACCUCCGCUCAAAUGGGGAAUCGGUCGUAUUUGUGAGCUACACCCUAGCUCCGAUGGUCUAAUACGGGUCGUCUCCUUAAAAACGGCCGGACAAAUCAUUCAACGUUCAUUACCCAAGAUAUGCGUAUUACCUAUUGAUUAA